GCCCAGUGUGCGUAGUAUCCAUCGCUGGUCCUUGCAGAAAGGGGAAGUCCUAUAUAUUAAGCAAAGCUUUUGACCAACCAGACGUUUUUCCUCUUGGACAUAAAAUGGAGGCUGAGACUAUGGGAAUCUGGAUAUGGAUUGUUCCAGAAAAAUUCAAGAAUUCCAAUGGACAAGAAUUCACAGUGGUGUUACUGGACUCUGAAGGGAUUGACGCCACAAAUAGUGAAAACACUAAUGACCAUCAGAUCUUCACUCUAACAGUCUUGUUAGCGUCCGUGUUGAUAUACAAUUCGCAAGGUGUUCCGACACGAAGUGAUGUAGAGAAACUGGAAUAUCCUUGACAACUCUCCAGUGGAACAGAUAUCAGAACUACAGUUAAUAGGAUUGUCUGCAUAAAAAAAGCGGGCAAAAUUCCAGUUGUUGUUGAAGGCUCUGUAACAAGACAAAAUCGUUUGCUCUGUGUUCAAACAAAAGAUAGAAAAACGGUUGUGCACAAUCUCUUUUUGUUUUUUGUUUUUUUUUUUAGUUUUAACACUGGAUUCUGAUAAAUAAACAGGGAGCUUUUAUAGGUCA